AUGUGGGCCACCUUUGUACCUCCGACGGUUGCAAAGAGAUUGGAGAAGUUUAAAACAACAAUUUUCACACAGAUGAGCAUGCUUGCCAUUAAGCAUGGGGCUAUUAACCUGGGGCAAGGCUUUCCCAAUUUUGAUGGUCCUGAAUUUGUUAAAGAAGCAGCUAUUCAAGCCAUUAAAGAUGGAAAAAAUCAAUAUGCUCGUGGAUAUGGUGUGCCAGAUCUCAAUUCAGCUGUUGCUGCAAGAUUUCAUCAGGACACUGGACUCCUGGUUGACCCUGAAAAGGAAGUAACUGUGACCUCAGGAUGCACUGAAGCAAUUGCUGCAACCAUUUUAGGCUUAAUAAAUCCUGGAGAUGAAGUCAUCCUUUUUGCUCCUUUUUAUGACUCAUAUGAAGCCACCUUAUCCAUGGCUGGUGCUAAAGUAAAGAGUGUAACACUACGGCCUCCCAAUUUUUCAGUACCUCUUGAUGAACUCAAGUCUGUUAUCUCCAAGAAUACUCGAGCAAUCCUUAUCAACACUCCACAUAACCCCACUGGGAAGAUGUUCACUCGAGAAGAGCUCAGCUUGAUAGCAUCUCUGUGCAUUGAGAAUGACGUUCUAGUUUUUGCAGAUGAAGUUUAUGACAAACUAGCUUUCGAAAUGGAUCACAUUUCUGUGGCGUCCCUUCCUGGGAUGUACGAGAGGACUGUCACUAUGAAUUCAUUAGGGAAGACUUUUUCCUUAACUGGCUGGAAAAUCGGGUGGGCAAUAGCUCCUCCACAUCUGACAUGGGGAGUGAGACAAGCCCAUUCAUUUCUCACCUUUGCAAUCGAUCCCAUGCAGUAUGCAGCUGCAACAGCGCUUAGAGCCCCAGACUCCUACUAUGAGGAGCUAAAGACUGAUUACAUGGCAAAGAAAGCGAUCCUUGUCGAUGGAUUGAAGGCUGCAGGUUUCAUAGUUUUUCCAUCCAGCGGAACUUAUUUCAUAAUGGUGGAUCACACUCCUUUUGGGCUGGAAAAUGAUGUUGCCUUCUGCGAGUAUCUGAUCAAGGAAGUUGGAGUUGUGGCAAUUCCAACUAGUGUCUUUUACUUGAAUCCAGAAGAGGGAAAGAAUCUUGUAAGGUUUACCUUUUGCAAGGAUGAGGAAACUCUUAGAAGUGCGGUUGAGAGAAUGAAAGCGAAGCUGUCCAAGAAGUUCUAACCCACGAGGCAUGUUUUAGAAAUACCUCAUUUAUAUGGUGCUACUAUUUGUAAUAUGCAGCUGUGGUGUUGCGUGGGACAAUAAAUUGUGACUGUUACCAUUGGCACCAUAAGGAAUUGCAAAAACAAAAAUACUUAUGGGAUUUAAAGUUCUAUUGAUAAAUCAUUUCUAUGAUGGGAUUAUUUCGGAAA